AUGUUGCGAUGGCAAACUCCAGGAGACCUGCCUAUCGCUCACGCAGUUGUAUUCUUUGAAGUUUUUGAAAAUAGGUAUGAUAUGCUCAAAACACACUUCUAUCAGGUGGUUUUCAAUAGUACAAAUAUACCAGACUUAAAAGGACCAAGAUCUUUAAAUGCUGUUACCGAGAAAACUCCACAACCAAAUAUAGGAGUGUUUCCGGAACGCUCGACUGAAGGCGAAAAAACUUGGGAUUGGGCUGUGCGUGUUGUAUUUAAUGGGCUAGGGUCAUGUAGGUUGGUUUGA